AUGCAUUCUGGUCAGGCUUUUAGCCUGUCAGUUUGUCGCGCUCUCCAAGAGCGGUUUGAGGCGGAUGAUCUCCACCACAUUACCUUUGUCUACAUCCCAUCCGCUUUGCGGUGGGACAUCCAUGGUGAGGCACACAAGUACGUCACCGAACUCAAAGUCAGGGUUGGACGUUGCAAGACGGACAACUCUAUAGACACGCUACGCUCCCAAGCCGCGCACUCAGUCCUGGACUCGUGGAAGCUUCAACAGCCUGACGGGCGGCUGCUACAGCCAUCGUACCUCAAUGGGGGACCUUGGCUUUCAACUUUCAGACACAGUAUCACUGAGUUCACUCGCGUUUGCCGGUGUAUAACUGGCCACGCACCCAUUGGAGUGUAUUACCGUCGCUUCAAGAUCAAUGAGCCUCAUGGCUGCACUUGCGGGGCUGCUUUGCAGUCUCGCCAGCACGUCCUCUUUCGCUGUCGCAAUCGCUACUCCGUGCAUUACCCCCGCUUUCUUGGGGAUAUUGCAUCUUUUAUGAAGUACAACCCUAUGGCGUUUGGCUUCAACUGGGACCCUUCAGGUGUCGGAUAA